UGGCGACCCUUUGCUCUCCGUCCGCGCUAUCUCUGCUUCCUGGGAGCCCUCAUGUUCGUCCUCUUGAUCACCCUGGAUAUUCUACGCCGCUACAGCCGCGACCAUGCCGGCAUCGUCUAUUUCCGAAGCACCGAUGACCUCUCCAACGUCCAGUCGUUCGCCUACAACUACGUGCCGAUCAUUCUCGCGCUCGUCCUUGUCAUUCUCUGGUCAUUCGUCGACUUCGAUGUCCUUCGCCUCGAACCGUACUUUCAGAUGGCCCGUCCGGACGGCGCCCCGGCCUCCGUGCUCUUCAUCAACUACAACUUCGGCCAGACCUUUCUCACGCCCAUCACCUCCGCCAAGCGGGGUCACUGGGUCGUCCUGACCGUCUCCGUGCUCACCCUGCUCACCCGCAUCUUUCUGCCCGCCCUGCAGAGUACUCUGCUGGAACUCCGCGAGGUCAGUGUGACGGCCAGCAAGGAGAUGAAGAUCUGGCCGCACCUGGUCCCUCCACGCGCUCAGGGCCGCUGGAUCGCUGCCCAGGAGCAGAACAACUUCGAUUCCGCUUACGCCAAGACCGAUGACCUCCACCGCUCGCGCUCCGCCGACUUCGCCGUCGCCCCGGUUGAGAUUCCCGCCAAGGACCCCCGCGAGAGCACCCUGUGGUCCGUCAACCAGACCAUCUACUGGUCGCAGCUGGCCUGCCACGACGUCAUGCACGAGGAUCGGCUUCCUGUCGCCGUCAACGAGACCGUCCCGGAGCAUCCCUCCGUCUCGUGGGCGGUCGAUGGCGUCCCUCUGCCGGGCUCGGGGACCGAGGACGAACCGGACCCCUGCACCGUGGACUUCCACUACAACAGUAUCAUGUACCCUAGCACCGAUUUCAUGCAGGUCCGCUACUGGGAGCCCUCCCGGGCCGAUGCGACCGUGGACCCGGAUGUCGGUCGUCGCGCCUUUGCCGCCCGCCGGUGCAGUCCGUACGACCUCUACGGGGUGCUCAUCUCUAUCAACGCCUCGGACGUUGGGGCGGCGUCCAUCCGCGACGCAGGCCCCCUGUACACCUCGUCGGCCACCAUGUUCGCCUGCAACGUCGAGUACCUGCAUGCCGAAGCCACCGUAUCGAUGCACGCCAACAGCUCCAUCACCAAGAUCGAGAUCCGGGACCACACUACCGAGGCGCUGACCCGGUCGGAGUUUGACCUCCACGCCUUUCACGGCCUCCUAUCCCACCGCGCGCCCUACACCAGCGACACCAUCUUCAUGGAGUACAACUCGACGGCCGGCGACCGCACCGUCACCGAAUUGCCGAUGAUCAGCCAGGAUCUGGGCGAUCUGGAGCCCGUCCUGGUGCUGGACACCUGGACCGUCAUGACCCAGCCCGAGUUCCAGGCCAAGGUCACCCGCGGGGUCAAGCAGGCUUUCGUGAUGACCAUGAGCCGCCUGUUCAACCCGGAUGAACCCCCGACGACCGUGCCCGCCGUCAAGGUCACGCGCCAGGUCUCCAUCGCCGUUGUCACCUUUGCCGCCCUCUGGUCUGAGGUCAUCUUGGCCCUCGGCGGUCUCCUCGCCGUGAUCUUACUCUACUUCUACCACCGCCGCCCCAACAUCCUCCAGAGUGACCCGGGGUCGAUUGGUGCCAUGUGCAGCAUGCUGACCGACGUUUUCGGCGCCUGCAACAUCCUGACCGAUCCCAAUGCCGACUAUCAUGAAUUCUCCACCAUUCAGCUGCGACGGCUCCUCCGCCACUCUCGUCUGCAUUGGUACAACGGGCCUCUGGGACGGCGUCUCGAGAUUGUUCCGCCGGCUGACCCACCCCCUGCGGAGGCAGAACGACUCCGGGCGCGCGUCGACCCCCGACCCCACUUCCUGGUCAUACCGAUCUUCAUCGUGGAGUUUCUGCUGUUGACCGCCGUGAUCGCCGUCAUGGCCGUCAUCAUCGCGUCGUUGGCCCACGAAGGCAGUUUCCAGCACCUGACCCAGUCCGACUCGAGCUUCUUCCAGGUCGUCCUCUCCUUCAUGCCGUCGGUGGUCGCCUCGUCCGUCGGCGCGCUCUGCAACUCGAUCCACCGCAACCUGAGUAUCCUGGAGCCGUGGGUGCAUCUGCAGCGCGGCAUGGCGUCGGCGCGUCGGUCGCUGUCCAUGAACUACGCCUCGCAGAACCCCUGGGCCGUCUUCAUCAAGACCCUCCGUCACCGCCACCCGCUGCUGGGACUCGUGUCGUUGGCCUGCGUGGCCAACACUCUGCUGACGGUCGUGGCCGGCGGGCUCUUCACGCAGAAGCUGACCCAGUCGAACCUCCCGACCGAGAACAUCCGCACCAACUACAGCCAGUCGGUGUUCCACCAGACGGACUUCGCCGCAGACUUCACCGAGUACGAUCUGAUCCAGACCAGUAUCACCAGUGGCGUGCCCAUGCUCGCCUGGACCAGCCCCAACCACUCGUUCGUCCCGCUGAAGAUCAACAACGCCGACGCGGAUGCGUUGUACAACGCCACGACCAUGGGGAUCGGCGCGGAGCUAGAGUGUCGCCCCCUGUCACUGCAGCACGACCUGACCGAGGAUCCGGCCACUCGCACCGCGUCCUGGUCUUACCCCAUGUUCGAGGACCCCUCCCGCACGUGCACGGUCAAUAUGACCGCCCUGAACCGCACCCCAGGCGGGAUCUCCAUGUCCAUCCAUUUCCUGUCCCCCAUGGCCCAGGACGACUGGGACGUGUGCCAGACUUCAACCGUCAUGGUCGUCGCGCGUUGGCACCACGCCCGCGGGGCCGCCAUGGCAGAGGACAACACGAUCGCGCUGCACUGCGAGCCGCGGGUGCACGUGCAGAACUACACGGUGACCUUCGACUACAAGGGCCAGGUGCAGGACUACACGCCGCGGGCGGACGCGCCAGUGACGUCGGGGUCGAUGCAUGAGAAUGCGACAAUCAGCCUAGGGCAGUUCAAUAAGAUGUUUGCGGCGAUUCCCCAAAGCUACGUGGAUCAGGAGCCGGGGGAAGAACAAGAACAGGGGGACUAUGAGGCGUCGUACGACUGGGCGGGAUUCCUGGUGGCACGUUUGUACAAGCAACGGCAGGUCAACGCGACCGACCUCCACACGCCGGCUCUGAUCGACAUGACGCAGAUCGUGUACCAGUGGGUGUACAGCACGUACUUUUCGCUAUGGCGCGAGAUCUACCUCGAGCCGCUAGAUGAGGGGCCAGUAGCGCCGGACGCAACCAUCAUGUACAGCCUAUGGUGCAUGGUCCCGUCGGUGCCGUCCCUAGCGCUAGCACUGAUCAUCAUCGCACUGGACACGCUGGUCGUUAUCGUCGUGUUUGGGACCCGGCGGGGCCGGUUCCAAGGGCCGCGGAUCCCGCGAUCGAUCGGGGCGGUCCUCCCGUGGCUGGCACACAGCCGCAUGAUGGGAGAUUUCCACGGGACGUACACGUGGACCAGCGAGGCGCGCCGGACGCAUCUGGAUGGGCUGGACAAGCGGUACGGGUUCCGGCAGUUCACGGGAGUGGACGGACGGUGGCGGUAUGCGGUUGAUGAGGAAGACUGCCCGAUGGAAGAUAAGGCGGGUAAAACGGGGGUGAUUGAGCUGCGUGAGAUUCGGGAGCAGGACUCUCGCGAGCAGGAUUCUCGCGAGCAGGAUUCUCGUGAGCAGGAUUCUCAUGAGCAGGACUCUCGGGGACAGGAUUCCCGUGGGCAGGACUCCGCUUGAUGAAUGAUGUAGAAUAAUGUAUAUAGAGUGU